AUGACUAAUAACACGUCCCUAUGUCGUCCUCCUUGUACCUAUACCAUGAAGAUCCAAAGCCUCUCUCAACUCAAGAAACUCUUCCCUAAAUCCGAAUACAAAUCCGCUACUUUCUCUUCCGGCAAAUACAACUGGAAACUAGUUAUAUACCCAACAGGAAACGAGAAGGACAAUGGGAACGGGUUUCUUUCAAUGUAUGUCGAGUUAGAUACGACCAGCCCUACGGCGUCCACUGUGUUUGCAUAUUUCACCUUCUUCGUCUACAAUAAGAAAGAAAACAAAUAUUUUACUAUUCAAGAUGUUGAAGGGAAGCAGUUCAAUGCAAUAAGACCGGUGUGGGGAUUUGCGCAAGUGCUUCCGCUUGAUACAUUCAAUGAUCCUAAAAACGGAUAUGUGUUCGAGGGAGAUCAAUGUGAGUUUGGUGUUGAUGUGAUGGCUCCACUUACCAAUUGGGAAGUUGUCUCUUUCCCUAAGAAACCCCUUAAUCCUAAGUUUUCUUGGACUGUCAACAAAUUCUCUAAGUUGAAAGAGCAUUGCUACACAUCAGACAAGUUCUCUAUGGGAGGAGGAAAGAACUGGGUUAUAAAGUUGUAUCCCAAGGGCUACUCUACAACAUAUUCCAAAUUCUUGUCCAUCUUUGUGUCUCUACCUGAUGGUGGAACAAUGAAGGCAGGUGAGAAGUAUCACGCGCGAGGGGAUUGUCGACUUCUUGACCCAUUUGGAAACGAUCACAUGUCAGGAAAGGUUGACAACAUAUUCAGUUACACGACUUCAAGUCAAGCUUCAAGUCAGACUUCAAGUCAAGAUUGGGGUUGGACUCAAUAUAUCUCUUUAGAUAAACUUCGCAAGGCUUACUUGGGGAAAGAUGACUCUUUGACUAUAGAGAUUGAAUUGGAAGUUUUUUUGACCACCACAUCCUCUCCAUGA